GCCCAUCACUUUGGACGGUCAACGAUCACUAACGGAGACAUCCAACACUUGGCUCCUUAUAAACGCGGGACCUUCUCCCGUCUUCUACGACGCAGCGGAAGAAGAGAGAUGACGACGGCACUCCCCGAGAAGCCAUCCCUCGGGGCCUCCACCUCCGCGGAGGAGGAGGAGCUGGCGCACGAUGGCUCUGGCUCUGCCAUCCUUCACGAUGCUUCCGCACACCAGAUCGGACCGCCAGAGGCUUCGGACAAGCAUGAAGAAGACGAAGACGACGACGACGACUCCAGCGAGGAAUUCGAGUUUACGUUCGUAGUGAGAAACCCCGAUACCGAAACCUCCGUCGCCGCAGACGAGAUCUUUUCCGGCGGCAGGAUCAUUCCCGCCUACCCGCUCUUCAACCGCGACCUCCUCCUUCCCCUGUCCGCUGCGGACGAGCCGGCGGCCGUGGAGGGAAUGGCCGUCCAGAUCCCGCUUAGGCAGCUCCUGAUGGAGGAGAGGGGGACAGAGUUAUUCUCGUCGGUGGAGCCGCCGACGACGGAGGAGUGCCGCGCGCCGAAGCCCGACCCGUGCAAGAAGAGCGCGUCCACCGGGUCGUCACUGCGGUGGCGGCUCAGGGACAUGAUGGUUGGCCGAAGCCACAGCGACGGGAAGGAGAAGUUCGUCUUCCUCGAGGCGGCGCCACCGUCGCCGGCGACAAAAAAGAUCCCGAGCCCGAGUCUUAAAGCGGCGAGGUCAGCGGGGGGAGGGAAGGGGGCGAAGAAUGACGGGCGGGUGGCGGCGACGGAUGUGGCCACCGCCCACCGGCUGUACUAUGGCAAGGGAGCAAGCGAGAAGGCGGCGAGGGGACCACGGCGGUCAUUCUUACCGUACCGGCAAGAGCUCUUGGGGUUGUUCGCACCGGCGAACGGGCUCCGCCGGUCGCAUCACCCCUUGUAGAAAUCAAAACCUCUUUUUUAUCAUCAGUUAUCCUUUGUUUUUUGAUUUUGUAAUACAAUUAGACAAAUUAAUUUUUGUUAUUAUAGAAGUGAGCUUGUACAUGUUCGGUUUGGUA